UGUAAAUGAGAGAUGGAUGCAAUAGGCAGCAGCGGCCCUCCUAGUUUCCAGUGUGCAGGCAGCUUGGACCACACCUUCAGCUUCAGUACACUAAAGAAGCUGGCCAAGGAGCCCGAUCACACUGAUGUGAGCCUGUCUGCAGAGGAGCGAGUGAGAGCUCUGAGUAAGAUGGGCUGCAACAUUGAAAUCAACGAAGACAUCACCCCCCGGCGCUACUUCCGCUCCGGGCUGGAGAUGGAGCGCAUGGCUGCUGUUUACUUGGAGGAAGGGAACCUGGAGAACGCCUUUGUCCUGUACAAUAAAUUCAUUACUCAGGUUGGCUUCAGGCAGGAGCAAACCAAUCAAGAUAAACAAACUUUUCGACCCAUCAUCGGCACUACUUCCCAAUGUGCAGUACCUGAAAAACAGGACAUCAUGAAUAAAUUACAAGAUGUUGCUUUCCCAAGAAUGGAUCAGUUGAAGAAGUUACUUGUCAAGAAGUACAGCAAAGAACACAUGGAGUCUAUGAAAGGCCAAAGUAAAGCUGUGGAAGAGUGCUAUCAGAACCUGAAGCAGCUGCAGCUGAUUGAGGAGGAGAGGCAGCGUGUGUCCAAGCUGAGGAAGCUGCAGAUCGAAUCAGAGCAGUUCCGCUUCUUUGAGGACCAGCUUCGCCAACAGGAUCUCGCCAGCAGGAAAGAAGAGACUGGGCCAAAGGUUUCAGAGCAGACUGAUGGCAGAGAGCUGUCCUGCUUGUCCUGUCCUUCUAAAAACAACACCAAAGGGUCCUCCUGCCCAAAUCUCGGAGGCUUCAGUGAGUCCCCUGCUGUAAACAGAGCUCUCGAUGUCAUUCAGAAUCAGAAGGUAGAGGGGCUGAGGAGCGUUGUGAUCCCCAAGGAACUCUCCUACAAGUUUUUGGUUCUUGCAGACAACAAUACAGCAAGAGGAAUAGAAACCUGUGGGAUUCUUUGUGGAAAGCUGACCCAUAAUGAGUUUACAAUAACUCACGUGAUAGUGCCCAAGCAGUCUGCUGGCCCAGACUCCUGCGACAUGGAGAAUGUGGAGGAGCUCUUCAGCUUUCAGGACCAGCACAAUCUCCUCACUCUCGGAUGGAUCCACACACACCCAACUCAAACAGCAUUCCUGUCUAGUGUGGAUCUCCACACCCACUGUUCAUACCAACUGAUGCUGCCGGAGGCAAUUGCAAUUGUAUGUUCACCAAAACACAACGACACUGGAGUUUUCAGGCUCACCAGUGCAGGGAUGUUGGAGGUGUCUGCCUGCAGAGCGAAGGGCUUCCAUCCACACUCCAAGAACCCAGCAUUGUUUAGUAUAUGUAAACAUGUCGUUGUGAAAGACAUGAUAAUGGCAGUGUUGGACUUGAGGUGACGUACGCAGAAGAAGACUGGCUAGUGAAGGCAUUUUUAAUGUAAAAGAAGGGUCCCAAAAAGAUUCUGACAAUCAAGGGUUAAAGUUUUAUAUUUAUAUUUUUCUGUUUUUAAAAAAAAUUAUUAUUAUUAUUAUUAUUAUUAUUAUUAUUAUUAUUAUUAUUUUACUGUGAACUGAUGAGGUAGCCUUGCACCAAAAAGAUUGAAGUUUUCUGCCUGAGAAUGAAGUUUGAGUGAAGCUUGUAAAAUAUACAGUGUGCUACUUCUUGUUUGUUCACUUAUUUUGGUUUGUUUUUAGUGGCUUGUGCUUGUGUGGCUUUUGUGGCUCCAAGGCCAUAUUGUGAGACUGUGGCAGAUUAAAAACUAGACUUGCCUGAGGUGUCUCUUUCUUCUAAACACUAUACUGCUUAGCCAAGAACCUCUGAACGAGAAAAAAUGAUCUAAUAGUCAUCCAACAGUGUAAUGUUUCUAUUUAAAGGCAUUUAAAGAUAUGCUGGUGAAGGGGUGAGCUUUUGUUCUGUCUCAGGGCUCUAUUACAAAUGAGGCAACUUUUUCUACGAUUUUCAAGCAAUUGCUGCUUUAACUUGGCAUAUCAUGUGGAAUGUUGGAACAUUUUCAUUUAGUGUGAACUCUGAACUCAAAAGUGUGGAGGCCUGGAACAGCCAAUACAGAGUUGGUUAUGAUUCUGUUUUUAUGUACACACAAGCAUCAUUGCUUAAGGAAAAUAAACUCACUCUGUUUCUGAUGAAGGUAUUUACUGAAGCAGUGGUCUACUUGAUUUCCUUUCAUAUACUGGUAGCUUUAACUAUGCAUCUAUAUCAGUAUAAAAACACUGCUGAAUUUGUAUUUGUGUCCCUCUUUUUGUUUUCUUCAUAAAACCAAAGACGAUAUCUUUAAUGGUAUUUUUUUUUAUUUAUUGCAUGCUGCUACCCCAUGGCAAUAUGUGAUAACUGUCUCCAACUUUGAUUAAAAGAGAAUUUCAUUGAAGUAGAAAGUCAAGUCUGAUGUUUUACACACCCUGACGCACACAAGUCUCAAUGCAUUGUCAGUUUCAAGAGAACAAAACUCAAAAUGGUGUACACAGGCAUCAAAAAGAUGAUCUUUACAUUCAUGUUCUCAUUCAUGGUUUUUUUUACCAUUUGUUUGGUACCACAGAAAGCACAAUGGAAUUGCAAUUAAUUUUGUCCACAGUAGGCUAUCUGUACUUUUGUCAUAAUCUUGAGAUGUAAAACAUCACAGGCAUUUACUUUCUUGGGUAUGGAAAGGAGCAUCGGCCAGCUAAGAACUUCUUCUAAUAAAAGUAGUAUCUACUGCCAUACCCUUUGUGAUGAUGGCAAUGUAUCUUUUAUAUACUACAGAAAACAUGGCUGAUGCUCUUUGCAUAACAAAUUACACAGAAAGGAAGAUGUUUCAAAGUUUUCGUCCAUUUUUUGCACAUAUAUAUAUUUAAAACAGAACCAAAAAAGGUUAUUUCGUAUAGUCAUAUGCUUUAGUACAAUGCCAACACACCUGAUGUUUUCAGCAAAGAUUGCAUAAUAUUUUUUCUUUUCACCUUGGUUUCUGUUUUUCUUUCUUUUAAGAAAUGGUUAGCAAUUAGAAAGACUGAGCAACAAAACUGAGAUACCCAAAGUGGACACUAGAGGGAGCAUGUGAGUUGUUUCUCACAGUGUAGAAGUGUAGUUUUUUUUUCCCAAAUAAGCAAAUGUGUUUUUCUUUUGUUUGUUUGUUAACAAAACAUACUUCCUUUAUAACGGCAACACAUUCAAGCUUUAUUCAUCAAAUAAAAUAAAUCUUCACAUUCAUUCAAUAGAAGCCGUAGCAAAGGUAUGUUGCUGGAUUGUAAAAGUAAGGAAAGAGUAUUCACAGUUCAUACAGUAAGCAGAAGAAAAAGA